UAGAGAUUGCUUGAAACGAAGGAGAAGUUUGUCUAAUACCUUUUAAGUUUAUGGUAUUUGUUUUUUAUUGUCAAAUGUUAUGGUAGGUUUUUAUUGAGAAAAAUUUCAGAUUACUUUUCGUUACAACGAUGGCAGAAAAUGUGAUUGAAUCGAACUUUACCGCUGCUAAGUUUUUUAAUAACACAAUUAAAGCAACUCUUAAUGAAUCAUAUACAUUAGUAGAGAUUAUAAUCAUUACAUUUUUUAUUGUUAUUUUUUUACUUGGAACAAUUGGAAACGGGUUUGUGCUUUUUUAUUUUGGUUUUAAGGAAAAACGGACAUGCCCCAUUAAAGAGCAAAGAAGCGUGCCAGAAUAUUUGUUUUGUGUGCUUGCUGUUGUUGAUUUUUUUGCAUCAGCUUUAAACCCUCUAUUAUAUACAUACUGGACAAUAACACGUUAUAGAUGGCACUUUAGCUAUUGGACAUGCAAGAUAUUGGUUCCCUUGGGAACAAUUGCUACAACAAUGUCCGGAGGAAUAUUUGCCGUUUUAUCAUUUGAUCGUCAACGAACUAUUGUUUACCCAUUUAAAAGACAUUUUAAACUUUUUCAUAUUAAGUUAUGUCUUGUUUUAGUUUUUUUCUACGCGUUUCUCAUGAAUGCUCAUUACGCGGUCAACAUUUCUUUGGUAAACAAUAAAUGUUUUAUAAUCGAUGUGAGAAAAAAGGCGUACAGCAUUCCAACAAUCAUUUAUUUUUUAAUCAACGAUGUAUCUUUAAUAGUAGUUAUAAACUUUACUAACAUUCGCAUAUUUUCGAAAAUUCUUCGACUAAGUCCAAGCACAGCUCUUGUGCUAGGAGACGCAGCAACAAAGCGAAGAAAAGAAAAUUACAAAAUAAUACGUUUACUAGCUGUUUUGACAACAGUGUUUUUUGUGCUUACUUUACCACGAGAUAUUUUUCAAUUUGUGCACCUAGUAUCAUGGUUUAGAGGCUCUGGUCUUCAUACAUCUGUAUCUUUAUUAAGUUUGUAUUCUUUUUUAAAAGUAUUUAACGUGGCAAACUCUUGCGUAAAUCCGUUAAUUUACUACAUGAUGCAUAAAGGGUUCAAGAGAUUUAUUAAAGAAUGUUUCUGCAUAAAUUACAAACGGUUAGUUGGAAUGAAAAGACUUGGUUCAUCUGCUUCCAAUAUUGCUUUAACAUUAAGGUUAAAUGGUUCUCCAAACACUUCUCGGCUCGACUGCAGUUCACCACUAAAUGGAAGUGGUUCCAUCGAACAUAGUUUUACAUAAAACUGUCAUAUAUCGUGAAAAACAUAUAAUUGCCGUUA